GGGAGGGUCUGGAGCAGGCAUCAGUUGCUUCUGUAGUUUGCCUGAGACUUCACGGUUAGCUAAGCAAGCCAGCUGCAUUUUUUCGUGUGCCACGCUCGUCAAUUAAACAAAAAUCACCGAAAUCAUCAUGAACUCUCUGAUCUUGUUGCCAUUGUGCUUCGCUGCCUGCAUGGCCAGCGUGUUCCCUGUUGGUCUCCACAAGCAGUACGUGCACCACGAGCACCUCGUGGCACCCGUGGUCCACAAGACUGCCCACGUGGCACGCAGUCAGUACCACAGCCAGGACAACUUCGGGCAGUACAGCUACGGAUACGCCGAGCCCAACGGUGCCAAGAAGGAGACUCGUCAUGCUGACGGCACCGUUGUUGGUUCUUAUUCUCACCCGUUGCCCGAUGGCUCCUUCUUGACCAACAACUACGUCGCUGACGAAUACGGCUUCCGCUCUUCCCUGGCCCCGACCGCCCACAAGGACUUCGCGCCCGUCGUCAAGGCCGCCUACGACGUGACCGCCCCCAUUGUGGCCCACUCUGUCGGCGCCUAUGCUGUCCCACGACCCGACAUCCACCUCACCAAGCGCGUCGACGCCUUCGUCCCGGCUGCUGCUUAUGCUUACCCGACUUACGCUCAGCCUGCUGCCUAUGGCUACGGUGUCCCAGCUCUGGCCCCAAUGCUGUCGCACGACCCGACAUCCACCUCACGAAGCGCGUCGACGCCUUCGUCCCGGCUGCUGCUUAUGCUUACCCGACUUACGCUCAGCCUGCUGCCUAUGGCUACGGUUCACCCGUUGCCCGAUGGCUCCAUCUUGACCAACAACUACGUCGCUGACGAAUACGGCUUCCGCUCUUCCCUGGCCCCGACCGCCCACAAGGACUUCGCGCCCGUCGUCAAGGCCGCCUACGACGUGACCGCCCCCAUUGUGGCCCACUCUGUCGGCGCCUAUGCUGUCCCACGACCCGACAUCCACCUCACCAAGCGCGUCGACGCCUUCGUCCCGGCUGCUGCUUAUGCUUACCCGACUUACGCUCAGCCUGCUGUCUAUGGCUACGGUGUCCCAGCUCUGGCCCCAUACAACGCAUACCGCAAAUAUUACUAAGUCUUUCACACGGAUGAGAAAAAGAAAAAAAAAACCUGGUGAUUUUUUGAGAAUUCGGGUCCUUGAUUGUAUAGAGGACACGAGUUCUUGAAAAAUUGCUUCUAGUUCAGCGUGUUUUUACGUCCUUCUGAUGAGGACCUGGUUUUUGCGAACCCGGGUGGAAACGUUUUUAUUUUGUACUCUGACGUGUCUGCAUAUUCCUGUUUGCUUGUUCAUGUCGAGGAGGGAAACAUCGAAUGGC